AUGACCUUAUUAUUCAGCAAAUUUCAAGAAAUUCAGCAAUCUUCAGAAAUUCAGCAAAUUUUAGAUAUUCAGCAAGUUUCAGAUAUUCAGCAAGUUUCAAAUAUUCAGCAAGUUUCAAAUAUUCAGCAAGUUUCAGAUAUUCAGCAAGUUUCAGAUAUUCAGCAAAUUUUAGAUAUUCAGCAAAUUUUAGAUAUUCAGCAAGUUUCAGAUAUUCAGCAAGUUUUAGAUAUUCAGCAAAUUUUAGAUAUUCAGCAAAUUUCAGAUAUUCAGCAAAUUUUAGAUAUUCAGCAAAUUUUAGAUAUUCAGCAAAUUUUAGAUAUUCAGCAAGUUUCAAAUAUUCAGCAAAUUUUAAAAAUUAUGAUCUUAAAGAUAUUCAGCAAACCUCAGCAGUGA